AUGGUUUCUCUCACUCAACGAGCCAUCCUGCUUCUUGCAGCAUGCUCCGUGGUCUCGGCACGACCUCGGGGCCAGAUGAAGCGGGAUAUCACUGAAAACUGCACUGAUAUCAAGUAUCGUGUUCCAUGGACAUCCCUUACGGAUGAUGAAAAGUCUUCAUACAUUGCUGCGGACCUCUGCCUGAUCAACUCUCCUUCCAAGGCUGGCAUUCCCGGUGCCGAAACUCGAUGGGAUGACCUUCACUGGCCUCACGUCUAUCAGACCAUAUGGGUCCAUGGGGUUGGCGCUUUCCUUCCCUUUCACCGGUACUACAUGACUGUCCACGAGAACCUCAUCCGUGACGAGUGUGGCUACACUGGCCGCAUGCCCUACUGGGACGAAUUGGCCGAUAUCAACUCGGUCAUUGCCAAUCUCGACAUGUUCAAGGAUGAGUACUUUGGCUCCAAUGGUGCGGGUGCGGAUCGCUGUAUCGGCAGCGGCUCUUUUGUCAACAUGACGCUUGCAUUUGCCAACAACGACGCCGAUGAGAAUGGUCGCCACUGUGUUUGGCGCAAUUUCAGCGAGACCAAGCUUCAGCAAGCUGCACAGGCCAACAUUGAUGAGUGCAUGGCCAUUGGCAACUAUACGAGUGCAUGGAGCUGCUGGGCAAACAAGCCUCACGGCGCCGGACAUGGUGGUAUUGGCGGACUGAUGGGCGAUCCAACAUAUUCUCCCGGAGACCCGGGCUUUUUCCUACAUCAUACGUACCUCGACAAGCUAUUCUGGGAGUGGCAAAAGGCCGACUAUCCAGCUCGCCUGACGGACAUGGGCGGACCAAACAUUCCCAGCGGAACGCGACCAAACUCGCCCAACUACCCGCCCGCCAAUGUCACCGACUACUUCAACGACGGCGGCAGCACAACCACGCUCGAGCACACCCUCUGGAUGAUGGACAUUGCGCCCAAUGUGACGAUAGCAGAUGUGAUGAAUUUGAAUGGACCAACCAUUUGCGCCGAGUACCUUGACGAGUAG